AGCAAAAGUGCGCCUUACUGCCAAGGCGAGUACAAUGUUUACAGCACCUUCCAGAGCCAUGAACCUGAAUUUGAUUAUUUGAAGAGUUUGGAAAUCGAGGAAAAGAUAAACAAGAUAAAAUGGCUGCCGCAGCAGAACGCAGCCCAUGCUCUUCUGUCAACAAACGAUAAAACUAUUAAAUUGUGGAAGAUCACCGAGCGAGAUAAGAAACCCGAGGGAUAUAACUUAAAAGACGAGGAAGGAAAGCUCAAGGAAUUAUCCAUGGUGACUUCACUACAGGUGCCUGUGCUGAAGCCCACGGACUUGAUGGUUGAAGUCAGCCCCAGGAAAGUUUUCGCCAAUGGCCACACCUACCACGUGAAUUCCAUUUCGGUCAACAGCGAUUGUGAGACUUACAUGUCUGCGGACGAUCUCAGGAUUAACCUUUGGCACUUAGCCAUUACCGACCGGAGCUUCAACAUUGUGGACAUCAAACCCGACAACAUGGAGGACUUGACUGAAGUCAUCACAGCCUCGGAGUUCCAUCCCCACCACUGCAACCUCUUCGUCUACAGCAGCAGCAAGGGUUCCCUCCGGCUUUGCGACAUGAGGGCCUCGGCGCUCUGCGACAAGCAUUUCAAGAUUUUUGAAGAACCAGAAGAUCCCAGCAGCCGCUCCUUUUUCUCGGAAAUCAUUUCUUCGGUGUCAGAUGUGAAAUUCAGCCACAGCGGGCGCUACCUGCUAGCGAGGGAUUACCUCACUGUCAAAGUUUGGGAUCUGAAUAUGGAAACAAAGCCUAUAGAAAUAUAUCAGGUAUUUUCCCCCCGUGUCUUUUUACGCGCCAUGCCAUGAGAGUGAUGGGAGUGGCUAUGGGUUACUGCGUCGUUGUGCCAAAGAGAUCUGGCGACAUAAGAAUUGUUCUGUCCCAGAGGGGUUGGGAUGGGGGCUGCUUUCCCCCCCC